AUGGGGCCGGGGCUCUGCGUCCUGCUCUGCCUUGUCCUCAGCCCCAGCAGCAGCUCCCUCGGCCCUGGCGUGGUUCUCCUCCACCUCCCAGGGGGGCUGUGUGGGGAUGGGGGUGGGCCUCUCCCGGAGCCCCCAGCUCUGACUCCCUUCCACUCCAGGGUCCCACAGGCCGGUCCUCUCUGUGGAGCCCUCCCCGCUGGUCCGGAGGGGCUCCUACAUGGCCCUGCAGUGCUCGGCUCCAGUCUAGGCCAGCCGCUUCCGGCUGCAGAAGGAAGGCGUCCUCACCAGUCUGGGCGAAAAGGCGCCAAACAGCUUCUUCUUCUGGAACCAGGUCUCCUUUUUCAUCGGCCACAUCUCAGAGGCCUCCGGGGGCCUCUACACCUGCCGCUACCUGUACAAGGCCUCCUGGUCCAGACCCAGUCUGCCCGUGGAGCUGGUGGUGACGGGGCUGUACCCCCCGCCUGCCUUCUGGGCCGAGCUGGGCCGGGCGGUGGCCGGGGGGAGGAGCGUGGCCUUGCUCUGCCAGUCCCACCUGGGUCUCCCCCACUUUGCCGUGGCCCGGGAGCGCAGGCCCCUCCUGAGGAUGAACAGCAGUCGCUCUGUGAUCAGCUUCCGGAUCCAGGCAAUGACCCAGGACCAUGUGGGUCCCUACUACUGCUACGGGCACUCCCCCUUCUCCCCAUACCUCUGGUCUCACCCCAGCAAGGCGCUGAUGCUGGAGAUGACAGUGAGAGCCGCGCGCCACGUUGUCUCUCCUGCCUUCUUCUUCAACCUGGCCCAGCUGAGCCUGGCGGGGCUGAGUCUGCUCUUCUUCGGAAGGUGGGGGACCAAGACCCUGGUCAGGUGGUGGAGCAGGAGGAAGCAGCCCCGGCCUGGGGAGGCCCCGGCGUGAGCCCCCGGGGUCCCAGCCCUGCUUCUGGCUUGUGGAAUAAAAGGUCAAGACCGGCCGGAGUGGGCUGUGUUUGUGGUGGGGUAGGGGGGAGGGGGCGGGGGAGCCGGGUGCUGCCUUCCUCCAAGUCCCGCAGGCCACACCUCGGGCUCCGUCCAUCUGUCCACAUUUCUCUGCAUCCUCGGCUUCCCUUCGCGUUCUCCGCCCCCCAGGGUCCUCUCGGCUGUCCAUCCCGGGCUCCUCUCGGCCCUCCCUCUGCCCGCCUGGCAGCAGGGGCCCAGUGCCCAGAGGGCGGUCGGGACUCACCUCAGACGUUCCCCUCGUGGCCCUGGGCAAGGCUCAACCUCUUGGUGUAA